CGCUGGACCACGGGAGAAGGGCAGCGGAGCGGGGGAGGCUCCCAGCCAGCCAUGGAUCCCCUGGGAGCCAUCAGCCUGUUCCUGGUCAUCUGCCUCUCCUGCCUCCUGCUCCUCUCCACCUGGCGGCAACUGCAGGGCCGGGGGGAAAUGCCCCCGGGGCCCACCCCGCUGCCCCUCCUCGGGAACCUGCUGCAGGUCGACCUCAGCAACAUGCGCAAGUCGCUCAUGAAGAUCAGCGAGCGCUACGGCCCCGUCUACACCCUCCACCUGGGCCCCCGGCGGGUGGUGGUGCUGUGCGGCUACCAGGCGGUGAAGGAGGCCCUGCUGGACCAGGCCGAGGACUUCGGCGGGCGCGGGAAACAAGCCACCUUCGACUGGAUCUUCCGUGGCUACGGAGUGGCCUUCAGCAACGGGGAGAGAGCGAAGCAGCUGCGCCGAUUCUCCAUCACCACGCUGAGGAACUUCGGGGUGGGGAAGCGAGGCAUCGAGGAGCGGAUCCUGGAGGAGACUCGUUUCCUGCUGGAAGCCUUGCGGGGCACGAAAGGUUUGCCCUUUGACCCCACCUACUUCCUGAGCCGCACGGUCUCCAACGUCAUCAGCUCCGUGGUCUUCGGGGACCGGUUCGACUACGAGGACAAGGAGUUCCUCUCCCUGCUCUACAUGAUCACCGAGAGCUUCCGCUUCACCGCCACGGCCUGGGGGCAGCUCUACGAGAUGUUCUCAGACACCAUGCGCUACCUGCCCGGCCCCCAGCGCAAAGCGUUCAAGGAGCUGGCAGGGCUGGAAAAGUUCAUCAAGAGGAAGGUGAAGGCGAACCAGGAGACCCUGGACCCCAGCGCUCCUCGGGAUUUCAUCGACUGCUUCCUGGUCAAAAUGCAGCAGGAAAAGCAAAAUCCUUCCUCUGAGUUUUCCCUGAAGAACAUUGUUCUGACGGCAUUCACCUUGUUCUUCGCUGGGACGGAGACCAUCAGCACCACCCUGCGCUAUGGAUUCCUCCUGCUGCUGAAACACCCAGAGAUCGAAGAGAGGAUCCACGAGGAGAUCGACCGGGUGAUCGGGCGGAACCGCGCCCCGAGCAUGGAGGACCGGAUCCAGAUGCCCUACACCAACGCCGUCAUCCACGAGUUCCAGAGGUUCUGUGACGUCAUCCCCAUGGGCCUGGCGCGCCGGGUGACCCGGGACACCCAGUUCCGGGGAUACACUAUUCCCAAGGGGACGGAGGUGUACCCGGUGCUGGGAUCCGUGCUGUAUGACCCCACGCAAUUCAGCAGCCCCGACACCUUCGACCCCAGCCAUUUCCUGGAUGGGGACGGCCAGUUUAAGAAGAGCGACGCCUUCGUGCCCUUCUCAAUAGGGAAACGGUAUUGUUUCGGGGAGAUGCUGGCUAUCAUGGAACUCUUCCUCUUCCUCACCAGCAUCCUGCAAAACUUCCGCUUCCGCUCCCCCGUCGAGCCCAAAGACAUCGACAUCUCCCCGAAGCUGAUCGGGUUCGCCGCCCUGCCCCGCAGCUACGAGAUCUGUCUGGUCCCGCGCUAGCCGCCCCACGGAAACAGACGGGACUUCUCGGGGCAGCCUGGGGGAGGGAGGGAAAGGGCCAAAUCUGGGGAUGGGGAAGGAAAGACCUGGCCAUGUAUCAUGUUGAGAACUGCACCCAUCAGGAGAAGGAGCCAAGAGGGUGAAUCUCCUGGGGGAAUCUGGCUGCUGUUUUCCAGCUGCACAAGGGAAUGAGAUCUCCCCUAUGAGACACUGUCUCUGAGGGUACAUCUACACGACACUCCUAACUCAACCUAUAGUAGGCCGACUUACAGCCAUGGUCAUGUCCACCCGACCCUCACCAGGGGCGAUUCCCCCCCGCCUAAGAGGGGCAGUGGCUGUGGGGGCUGAGAGCCCGGUCUGUCUGCUCUGCUGGCAGCUCCCUGCCAGGAGCCCAGCUGCCCCUCAGGCUCCCGACGGGCUGUUCCCCUGCUCUGCUCCCCGUUCCCCGUCAGGAGCAGGAGCAAGCCUCCUGGGGCUUCUCGGCCUCCCCCAGCCCACUCCCCGCCGGGAGCCAGGCAGCCUUGUCCAUUUCACAGCUCACAAGGCUGCCCGGCUCCCACAGGGGCCGCUCAGGCUUCUCACCCGGGCUCCCAGCUGGAAGCAGUGUCCAGCCACCCAGCUCUGCAGAGGAGCGGGGUUGGAGGGGAGGGACCUUCUUGUCAAUUUCACUGCUCCUGCCAUGAACUUGACAAGACAGCUGAUGUAAAGGAUGCAGUGUCUGUGGGCGUAGGAGGGCACUUACAUCUGUGGGACCAGGCUGUAGUGUGGACGCUGACAUAACGAGACCGACAUAAGCUGCCUUACGUCGACCUAACGGUGUGGGGUAGACCAGGGCUCAGUCUCUCACACACACACACACUCUGCAGAAGAGAAGAAUGAGGCGGGAUUUGAUAGCUGCUUUCAACUGCCUGAAAGGGGGUGCCAAAGAGGAUGGAUCUAGACUGUUCUGAGUUGUAGCAGAUGACAGAACGAGGAGUAAUGGUCUCAAGUUGCAGUGGGGGAGGUCUAGGUAGGAUAUUAGGGAAAACUAUUUCACGAGGAGGGUGGUGAAGCACUGGAAUGGGUUCCCUAGGGUGGCGGGGGAAUCUCCAUCCUUAGAAGUUUUCAAGGUCAGGCGUGACAAAGCCCUGGCUGGGAUGAUUUAGUUGGGGAUUGGUCCUGCUUUGAGCAGGGGGUUGGACUAGAUAACCUCCUGAGGUCCCUUCCAACCCUGAUAUUCAAUGAUUCUAUGACUCUCUUGUGAUUACAAUUCCAUUCCAAGCAUCUUGCAGAUUGUGUGAAACUUUGGGGAUCUUUCGAUUUUGUGAAGAUUGGGGGGGGAGUGAUUUACAAACAGGUGGAAUUUCAGGGCAGACAAAUCUGUUGCCAGCCAAAUUUCAAAAUUCACAGUAUCUUUCCAAAGUCCAAUUUUGGGGCUUAUCAGUUCAGGCUGUUUCGGGAGGGGUGGGGGAAAUGAGUUGCGUUGAAGUCCCGCAGCUUUAAUGGUGAAUUUGGAGGUGAAUGUUUGUGCUAGGCCCCAAACUCGACAGCUUCCCUUUUAAACAGAACCCUUUUCCCAUAGCUGUACCAUCCGACUGGCAUAUGACUUCAGAUGGGGUGGCGAUCAUUCACGUGGGGGUGACAGGACUUGGGCUUGCUCUCUGCACUGGGAUGAAUCUGACCAUGCCGCUGUCUCUCACUGGAGUGUGCGCCCGUCACUCAGUUACUGUCAGGGCAACCUCCACUGGUCACCCUUUUAAAUAAAGCCUGCAAUGCAACUCCCUCUUUCCCCUUUGUUGCCCGGUAUUCACAGCCGCCGUUGUUGACAGCCUGGAGGAAUAUGCUCCUGGGGAAAAUUCUGCUCUCCGUUAUGUCUGUGCAAGUCUGAAGUAACUCCAUUCACGCGGGUGUAACUCGGGUGGUUUACAUUCAGUCACCCAAGGGUUUUUUUCUUUCCGUUUCUCACCAGAACAAAAACCCGACAAAUAAAUUGUCCCAGACCAAAAACCACCCGAACUGAAAUAAAAAAACCAACCUGCCGUUUUAAA